CCUCGGCUUCCGCGCGAACCCGCGCGCUUUCCAUGCCGGGGGGCGUAUCGGCGCUCCGUGCCGUCAAAAUGCUGAACAACAUCUUGCUGCUGAGCGUUUUAACGGUGUCCGGCUUCUCGUCGCGAGGCGAGAGCCGCAAAACUUCCAAGGACAUUUGCAGAAACCGUUGCUCGUGCGAGGAAAAGGAGAGCAUGCUGAACAUCAACUGUGAAAACAAAGGUUUCACCAGCGUGAGCGCGUUUCAGCCGCCGCAGAACAAGGUCAGCCAGCUGUUCCUCAACGGCAACUUUCUCACCAAGCUGAACCCCAACGAGUUCGCCAAUUACGGCAACGUCACCUCCCUCCAUCUGGGCAAUAACGGGCUGCAAGAAAUCAAAACGGGGGCGUUCAACGGUUUGAGGAACCUCAAACGCCUCCAUCUAAACAACAAUCACUUGGAGAUUAUAAAGGAGGACACGUUUUCUGGUUUGGAAAGUUUGGAAUACCUACAGGCUGAUUACAAUUACAUCAGUGCCAUAGAGGCAGGUGCUUUCAACAAACUGAAUAAGCUCAAAGUCCUGAUCCUCAAUGACAACCUCUUGCUUUCCCUGCCCAAUAACAUAUUCCGCUUUGUCAUGCUGACCCAUUUGGAUCUAAGAGGCAACCGGCUAAAAACAUUGCCCUUUGCAGGCGUUUUGGAGCACAUAGGUGGCAUCAUGGAGAUUCAGCUGGAGGAGAACCCGUGGAACUGCACUUGUGACCUGAUACCGCUCAAAGCCUGGUUGGACACUAUUGCCGUUUUUGUGGGUGACAUAGUUUGUGAGACGCCCUUCCGGCUGCACGGGAAGGACGUCACGCAGCUGAUCAAGCAGGACCUCUGUCCCCGCCGGGGUCCUGCCAGUGAGGCGGGUCACCGUGCUGUGCAGCCUCCACCUGAUGCCCAUCAUCGGGCUCCCUCUCCAACAGUGCGUGCCCGGGUCACACCGAGUCGGGCGCCCAAGGCGUCACGCCCCCCCAAAAUGAGGCACCGUCCCACUCCCCGUGUGACACCCGGAAGAGACAGGCAUGUGUUCGGCCCCAUCAUGGUGUACCAGACGAGGUCUCCAGUGCCCAUGAGCUGUCCGAGCGUUUGCGUGUGCACAGCGCAGAACCCAGACAGUGGAUUAAACGUUAACUGCCAGGAGCGCAAGCUGCACAACAUCUCUGAGCUGCAGCCCAAGCCAUCUUACCCAAAGAAGCUGCAUUUAACUGGUAACUAUUUGCAGACUAUCUUCAGAAUGGAUCUGGCAGAAUACAGUUCCCUUGAGCUUCUCCAUCUGGGGAAUAACAGGAUAGCUAUUAUUCAGGAUGGGGCCUUUGAGAACCUGACAAGUUUGCGUAGGCUUUACCUCAAUGGCAACUACAUUGAAAGUUUGUCUCAGUCUUUGUUUGCUGGACUGCAGAGUUUGCAGUACCUCUACCUGGAAUACAACAUCAUCAAGGACAUUUUGCCAAACACAUUCAACUCACUGCACAAUCUGCAGCUGCUGUUCCUCAACAACAACCUGCUGAGGUCCCUCCCUGACAAUGUGUUUGGUGGGACCAUGUUAACCAGGCUUAACCUCAGAAACAACCACUUUUCCUAUUUGCCGGUACGUGGCGUGCUGGACCAGCUCUCAGCAUUCAUUCAGAUUGAUCUACAGGAGAACCCUUGGGACUGCACCUGUGAUAUUGUGGCACUUAAGAACUGGAUGGAGCUAUCCAGCACCAGUGUGGUGGUCAACGAGAUCACAUGUGACUCUCCAUCAAAACAUGCAGGCCGCCUCCUGCGCUCUUUGCGAAAUGAUGCCAUCUGCCCAGACACUGGUGAGGCCCCACCAACGAAGGCCCCCACCGUCAUUAGCUCAAGCACCGGAGAGACCCCUUUCUCAGUGGCAACCCCCACAGACCGAGUGCCCGAGACACACCCGGAAGUGCCCUUGUCCGUGCUCAUCUUGGGUCUGCUGGUCGUGUUCAUACUCUCCGUGUGCUUUGGGGCCGGCCUCUUUGUAUUUGUCCUCAAGCGACGCAAGGGAGUCGACAGCGUCCCUUCCGGGGCCAACAAUCUGGACAUGAGCUCCUUUCAAGUACAGUAUGGCUCCUACACAACAGAACCCAGUGUGAACAAAAGUGAGAACCGGGUGUACAACUACAUCCCUCCCCCGGUGGGCCAGAUGUGCCAGAACCCCAUCUACAUGCAGAAGGAGAGCGAACAGGUGACCUACUACAGAAAUCUGAAAGAACUGAGCUUCAGCACCCUGGACCCCAAGAAAGAGGAGCUGGCACGCAGCCCAGGGUACACGGUAAGCACGGUGGAGUUCACAGACAAGCACCCCUGUGGCAACCCAGAGCCAGAGCUCCUCUAUCAGAACAUUGCAGAGAGAGCCAAGGAGCUCCCGGCUGCGGGACCACUCACCUAUAGCUUUUGCACUUUGCCCAAAAGGCCCUUCAUUCCCCCAUAUGAGACCACGCGGCGGCACAACCAGGAUCGAUUAAGCAAAGCUGUGCUCUAUGGGACCCCGAGGAAAUACGGUGACCAAGCAAAGGUUGAGCACCCCUUGCUCCCAAGCAAGCUGAAAACAGAGCCAGACUACCUCGAAGUUCUGGAGAAGCAAACUGCAAUGAGUCAGCUGUAAAAUUAGCUCUCUUGCAUUAGUCUUUAUAAAUAAGGAUGCAUCGUCCAUGUAUUUGACCGCAUAAGACUCAAACAAACCGAACGAUUCCAACAACGCAAGCCUUUUUUUUCAUCUCCAUCUUUCCGAAGCUGUACAAAUUAGUAAAAUGAAAAAAAGAAAAAAAAAAAAAAAACAAGAGUAUCCACAA